GCCUCGGUCACACUGGCUGUAACACAUCUUAAGCAACGUUUUAUUUAUAAAUUAAAAAAUACUUUAUUUUAACUGAAAAUAGGCAGAUUUAUAAUUAAAAUCGCUUACAAUGUAUCUAACGCGUCAGUUCCGCCUGUUGCCCAAGUCAAGUCUUGUGCGGCACAUUACAAGUGGCAAUGGGACACAUUACACAACCACAACACCGGCUGCAGAAGAGCACAUUGAAAUUCCCAAUCGCAUUGAACGCUCCCCCACAGAUUUAUUGCAGGCAUUGGCCAGCACUGUGGGACGCGAUCCGACCGCGCCGCAUUACAAAUACCACGAUGAUCCUUUUCUGAUACCUAUGUCAAAUGUGGCCAAGCGAGCUUAUACGCUAUCGAAGGAGGCGGGGCGUAAAGCUGCUAGCUGGAUUAAAGAAGAGCAUCGCGAGUUAUUUUUGCAUCAAGAAGCACAACCACCCAUAGAGAAAUUUGCUCCCCGCAUGGUUUACACUGAAGAAUCGGAAGUGGAUGCCAGCUCGCUGCAGCAGAUAAUUGCACAAGGUGAACUAACGGAUGCUGUGUUGGUGUUUAAUCUGUUGGAGCAGAAGGGCAUCGAGGUCAGUGAUGAACUAAAGCAAAGCCUACUGGAGCUUGUUUGUUUCUACAACAAUCAGGAGCCGUUGCCGGAGGAUUUCUUGGAGGAACGUUGGUUCAGUGAGAAUAGCCGGCGUCGUGAACGUCACGGUAAAACCUGGAAGGAUGGUGAUCUGGCCGAGAAACUGUAUGCUGCCCUGGAGCCAAAGACACCGCAGCCCUAUGCAGCUCUCAUCCGUGGCAUGGCUAAGUAUCUGCAGUGCGAGCGAGCAUAUGCACUGUUACAGGAAGCUAACGAAAAGCGGAUACAACUGGACACCAAUACCUACAAUUCUAUCAUCCAGAUUAUCAGUUUUUUGAAAGAAACAGCCGAUCAACGUUGGCAGCUGUGCAAUGAUCUGAUGCAGCAAAUGGCCGAGCAACAAUUGCGUCCCAAUCUGGGCACUCUUAACGCCGCGCUGCAGUGCAUCAGUUCUUUUGGCAACUUUAAAUUGGCUCGCAGCUCUGCCCUGAAGAUACUAUCGGAAUUUAAGCAACUGGGUGUGGUUCCUAGUCUAGGCACUUAUUACUUUUUACUGAUUAUAUUCUGUCGCGAGCGUGCUCCAGUUUCGCACGUCAUCGUGGAUAUUCUGAAUGAAAUUGCUGGCAAGAACUUCAAGAUCGAACAUCAACGGGACACAUAUUUCUUUGCCACGGCCAUGGACGUGUGUCGCAAUCAUUUGCACGAUAAAGCGCUGGCCAAGAAGGUGGAUGAACUGCUGCACACAGGCAACAACUAUGACUUGGUUGGCGACUCCUUCAAAGAAUCCAUUUACUAUCGCAAUUAUUUGGCACUCUUAUGCCAGACCGAAACCAUUGAAGAUUUCAUGCGCACAUACGAUCUGCUGGUGCCGAACAUCUAUAUACCCGAGCCAGGCAUCAUGGAGGAGAUACUGCGAGCCUUGGAGAUCAAUGCCGCCGUUGAGCACAUACCCCGGAUCUGGUCCGAUAUGGUAAUAUUCGACCACACCCAUCGCGAAAGCCUCUUGCUCUUAUUGCUGCGCAUCAUGGUCGAUAAUCGUCCCAAUGCAGAUGCGCCUGGCCAACAGCAGUUGCCCGAACAAUGCGCAAAGGUGGCUAUCGACAUGUACAACAAGAUCGAAGAGUCGUCGAAGCGAGUACGCAAAGUCUCCUUUACCGGCCACAUGCUGGGUGACAUUCUAACACUGAUAGUACGCGGUGAUAGCAGCAGCUUCGAUAAAGCCAGCGAAGUAUUCUCCUACAUUGACAAGCAGCAGCAUCGCAUUCCCGGCACGCCAGCUGAAAGUGCAUUGCUCGAAUACGUGGAGGCCACUGUUAAGAACAAGGCUCCCAGCCAAGCGCUGGCUACGCUGCAGUAUGCUGUGGAGAAUAACAUGGAGGCGACGACGCUGGCUCAGCGCAUCAACGAGGGGUUCACGUUGAGUGAAGUGCAUUUGGCCAAGCUGAAAUCGCUGGUUGGCGAUGGUUUCCUAGAUAAAUAAGUCCGUGAGCUGUACAUAUAUGAGAGUUGUUAAUGUCGUU